AUGAUAAAGGUUUAUGUGUUGGCUGUAAUGGCGGUGCUAUCGUUUUUUGGCAACCUGCUCACCAUGUGGAACAUCUAUAAAACGCGCAUUCGACGCAGAAGCUCACGACACACUUGGAGCGCUAUUUAUUCGCUAAUAUUCCAUUUAUCGAUUGCCGAUUUGUUGGUGACUGGCUUUUGCAUUGUUGGCGAAGCCGCCUGGUUUUACACGGUGCAAUGGCUGGCCGAUGAAUUGACAUGCAAAUUGGUUAAGCUCUUCCAAAUGUUCAGCCUGUAUUUGUCAACGUAUGUGCUGGUCCUGAUUGGUGUGGAUCGCUGGAUAGCCGUUAAAUAUCCAAUGAAAUCGUUAAAUAUGGCUAAAAGAUGCUAUCGGCUGCUGGGCGGUACAUACGUGCUAUCAUUCCUGCUAAGUCUGCCUCAG